AUGGUAACCGACAGCAGCUCAGGUUUCCCCUUACAAAAACCAACCAUGGAGCUCUGCUCAAACCCUCAGUUCAUUGUGGACGGCGCUAAGCGGACAGACAUCUGCCAAGGAGCUUUAGGUGACUGUUGGUUGAUGGCAGCUAUCGCAUCUUUGACUCUGGAUAAUGAGCUUCUGGAGCGUGUGGUUCCACAAGGACAGAGUUUUACAGAGAACUAUGCCGGCAUUUUUCACUUUCAGUUCUGGCAGUAUGGUGAAUGGGUGGAUGUGGUCAUUGAUGACCAGCUGCCCACCAAAAAUGGGAAGCUGCUGUUUGUUCAUUCAGCUGAGCGUUUUGAGUUCUGGAGCGCUCUGUUGGAAAAGGCCUAUGCAAAGGUAAACGGCUCAUAUGAAGCUCUGUCGGGAGGCUGGGCCACUGAGGGUUUUGAAGAUUUCACUGGAGGCAUCGCUGAGAGCUAUGAGCUGAGCAAAGCUCCUCCACAUCUGUUUAAGCUCAUGCAGAAAGCACUGACUCUGAGAUCAUUGAUGGGGUGUUCCAUUUCUUCCAGUUCACAGGAGACAGAGACAAAGACGAGUCUGAAGCUAGUGAAGGGUCAUGUUUACUCCGUCACAGGCGCAGAAGAGGUUCACUCUUACGGCCGUCUGGUUCAGCUGGUGCGUAUCAGGAACCCGUGGGGUCGGGUGGAGUGGAUAGGCCCUUGGAGUGACAAUUCUAACGAGUGGAACAGCGUCCAACCGGAGGAGAAAGCUAAACUGUUUUAUUCAGGUGAAGAUGGAGAGUUCUGGAUGGCGUAUUCAGACUUCAUACAGCAGUUCUCAAAGUUAGAGAUCUGUAAUCUGACUCCAGACGCCCUUUCAAGUGACACUGUGAGCCGCUGGAACUACAGCCAGUUUGAAGGAGACUGGAGAGUGGGAUCCACCGCAGGGGGCUGCAGGAAGAACAAAGAUACAUUCUGCUCAAACCCUCAGUUUGUGAUCAAGCUGGAGGAAGAAGAUGAUGAUCCUCAUGAUGGAGAGAACGGCUGCACGAUCCUUGUGGGUCUGAUGCAGAAAGAUUUUCGUAAAGACAGGCGGUUUGGACGAGAGCCGAACUCCAUUGGCUUCGCUAUCUAUAAGGUUCCAGAUGAGUUUAAGGGUCACAAUAACAUUCAUCUUGGUCCUGACGUACUGUUGCAUCAGCCCACUGCAAAGAGCAACACCUUCACCAAACUUCGAGAGGUGGGUGAGCGCUUCAAACUGCCUCCGGGUGAAUAUGUCAUUGUCCCCUCCACUUUCGAGCCGCACUGCAAUGGAAGCUUCAUACUGCGUGUGUUCACAGAGAAAGAGGCUGCUGCCAGUCUGAUGGAUUUGGACAUCAGUGCAGAUGUGAAAAAGCAAUACGUAUCCGAGAGUGAUGUGGACCCACAUUUCAAAAAGCUUUUCAAUGAGACUGCUGGAAAUGACUCAGAGGUGUCUGUGUUUGAACUACAGAAGAUCCUGGACAGUGUUAUCUCGAAACGAACCGAUGUGAAGACAGAUGGAUUUAGUAUGGAGACUUGUCGCCACAUUAUCAGUCUGCUAGAUAAAGAUGGCAGCGGCAAACUCGGCCUUGUGGAGUUUCACAUACUGUGGAUAAAGAUCCAGAAAUAUUUGGAGGUUUUUAAGAAGCAUGAUACAGACAAAUCAGGCACUAUGAGUUCCUAUGAGAUGAGAGCUGCCGUGAAAGAAGCAGGGUUCCAGUUGAACAAUGACGUACUUCAGGUGAUAACCUCACGCUAUGCCAAUCAGCAGCACGCCAUUGACUUUGAUUCCUUCGUUGACUGCCUGAUUCGCCUGGAAGUGCACUUCAAAAUGUUUGAUGUGUUUAAUAAGAAGAACACUGGAAAAAUCGAGCUGGAUAUCCGGCAGUGGCUCUGCUUGGCCCUUAAUUAAAAAUCCAUUCACUAUAAUUGCUUCAGAAGCCCAUUCAUUUCCUGCAAUUAAACUGAAGAGGAUGCAGCAGACCGACAUACCCGAGUAAAAUCAACCAAAGACGGGCAUUAUACAAACUUGAAAUUUAUUUUAAAAAUGUAAUUUGUUUAAAGUGCUCAUCUUAUGAACAACUGACUAUAAUAAAGACGACUAAAUCACAUUUUU